AGUGUAUACUACGUACAAUCAUUCAAGGAUGCUUGUAUAGUGGAACAUUUGCAGCACGCCUCAUAACCCAAAACAUGGUUAUGUGGAGUCGCCAGUGCUCAAUGUUUAAAGCGAUCAAUAGAGCGCCUCGUUCUAAUGUGAAUAUAUGACUACUUCAAAUGUCAACAUGGUAUGCCGUUACUCGUUAUAUAGCAUUUCAUCGACUAACCACUGCUUUACGUUAGUAGCAGGUACUAUAACACGUCCUAUAACAAAUUUGGUCCGGGUAUAUGCUUUGUUCCACGACGAAAUCUCUUAUAUAAAUGAUCAAGCGAUAUCAUCUCCAAGGACAAGAACAGAGAUCAACUUUCGGGUGUUAGACGACUAUUCCGGUAGAGCUUGCGAGAACAGGGGCCUUUGCGGAGGGAGAAAGCCUUUUUCAGCAUGGCUGAGAUUCGGAAGCUGACAGGGGCCGGCACAUGGGCUUCCGCUUCCUGACAGCACCAGUAAACUGCGCUGCCUUCGAGCGCUACAUGGUAGGUGUGACCUUUUGGUCGAACACCCUUGAAAAAAUAAUGAACCAGGCUCUCGGGAUAUACUACUAGGAUUCCAAGU